AUGAACUCAAGUUCAAUAUAUUAUAUAUUAGUACACUUAGUACUACUAGUUAGAGUAAAUGUGGUACUAAGUCAUCGCAACCUCAAAUCCAGAGAGCCUCAACACACUACAACGAGUGCCAAUGUAAAUAAUUCAAAUAAUUCAUUGAGUGGACGUGAAACUGUAUCAGGUACCUGGCAUAGAAUACCAACUGAGGAGUCCUCAGACCACAGAGAUAUACCACCCAGAAAAUCACCAAAAAGACUUCAAGUCACCUCAAAUCAAGAACAACGUUAUAGAUUUAAACGAAUGGAUAAUACAGAAAGAAGAUAUACAACACCUACGAGAAUAUCAUCGCAGCCAGUUGAAGAGAGGCCGUUGCCUAAACCAACUGGAAAUACAUUGAUAGUUUUAGACAUGGAUAAAACACAUGACGUGUUUGGAUACCAAAUAUCACGCGAGAGAGAUAAAGUCAUUUAUAGAGCUGAUCCAUCUUUUUUGUUUCGCCAAGUUAAAAGGGGGAAUGAUAUACUGUGGAGUUCAAAAAAUGACGGCCACUUUCCUUAUAAGGUAGUAUCCAAACAGAAGUACGGAGAUGACGACAUAAAAGUAUACUUUCCAAGGCCUCCGAACUUUGAAGAAACUGAAAACGUUGAUGUUGUGAGACCACAGAGACCAGCAUACGAUAUGUCAAACGACCCAAAUUUCAUGUACACACCCUUUACUCACGAAGAAAGUGUGGGAAUACCUCACGAACACUCGCAACCAUGGGUUUCCACUCACCGGCCAGAGUACACACACAUACCUAUGGCCACAGAACCCACUCACUUUCAAACCCAGCCAGAUUUCAUCCAAUAUCAAAUGACACCUAGCUAUACACGAUUUCCAACGGUACUUGAUCAGACUCCCACUCACUUGGACCCUGAGUUUACUGCGGUCCCAUUGACACCUGAUCCAACUCACUCUAAAGUUUCAGGUGACACUAGAGCAUUUGAUGCUACAGAGCCACAUGGUUCAUUUACACACGGUUCAGAUCCACGAUAUCAGGGGAGAGGUCCACCAAGACCUCCUGAUCAGCAGUUUGUACAUCAAAUGACCCCCGAGUAUUCUCAAAUUCCAAUGGGACUUGAUCAGACUCCCACUCACUUGGACCCUGAGUUUACUGCGGUCCCAUUGACUCCUGAUCCAACUCACUCUAAAGUUUCAGGUGACACUAGAGCAUUUGAUGCUACAGAGCCACAUGGAUCAUUUACACACGGUUCAGAUCCACGACAUCAUGGGAGAGGUUUAUCAAGACCUGAUCAGCAGUUUGUACAUCAAAUGACCCCCGAGUAUUCUCAAAUUCCAAUGGGACUUGAUCAGACUCCCACUCACUUGGACCCUGAGUUUACUGCGGUCCCAUUGACUCCUGAUCCAACUCACUCUAAAGUUUCAGGUGACACUAGAGCAUUUGAUGCUACAGAGCCACAUGGAUCAUUUACACACGGUUCAGAUCCACGACAUCAUGGGAGAGGUUUAUCAAGACCUGAUCAGCAGUUUGUACAUCAAAUGACCCCCGAGUAUUCUCAAAUUCCAAUGGGACUUGAUCAGACUCCCACUCACUUGGACCCUGAGUUUACUGCGGUCCCAUUGACACCUGAUCCAACUCACUCUAAAGUUUCAGGUGACACUAGAGCAUUUGAUGCUACAGAGCCACAUGGAUCAUUUACACACGGUUCAGAUCCACGACAUCAUGGGAGAGGUUUAUCAAGACCUGAUCAGCAGUUUGUACAUCAAAUGACCCCCGAGUAUUCUCAAAUUCCAAUGGGACUUGAUCAGACUCCCACUCACUUGGACCCUGAGUUUACUGCGGUCCCAUUGACUCCUGAUCCAACUCACUCUAAAGUUUCAGGUGACACUAGAGCAUUUGAUGCUACAGAGCCACAUGGAUCAUUUACACACGGUUCAGAUCCACGACAUCAUGGGAGAGGUUUAUCAAGACCUGAUCAGCAGUUUGUACAUCAAAUGACCCCCGAGUAUUCUCAAAUUCCAAUGGGACUUGAUCAGACUCCCACUCACUUGGACCCUGAGUUUACUGCGGUCCCAUUGACACCUGAUCCAACUCACUCUAAAGUUUCAGGUGACACUAGAGCAUUUGAUGCUACAGAGCCACAUGGAUCAUUUACACACGGUUCAGAUCCACGACAUCAUGGGAGAGGUUUAUCAAGACCUGAUCAGCAGUUUGUACAUCAAAUGACCCCCGAGUAUUCUCAAAUUCCAAUGGGACUUGAUCAGACUCCCACUCACUUGGACCCUGAGUUUACUGCGGUCCCAUUGACUCCUGAUCCAACUCACUCUAAAGUUUCAGGUGACACUAGAGCAUUUGAUGCUACAGAGCCACAUGGAUCAUUUACACACGGUUCAGAUCCACGACAUCAUGGGAGAGGUUUAUCAAGACCUGAUCAGCAGUUUGUACAUCAAAUGACCCCCGAGUAUUCUCAAAUUCCAAUGGGACUUGAUCAGACUCCCACUCACUUGGACCCUGAGUUUACUGCGGUCCCAUUGACUCCUGAUCCAACUCACUCUAAAGUUUCAGGUGACACUAGAGCAUUUGAUGCUACAGAGCCACAUGGAUCAUUUACACACGGUUCAGAUCCACGACAUCAUGGGAGAGGUUUAUCAAGACCUGAUCAGCAGUUUGUACAUCAAAUGACCCCCGAGUAUUCUCAAAUUCCAAUGGGACUUGAUCAGACUCCCACUCACUUGGACCCUGAGUUUACUGCGGUCCCAUUGACACCUGAUCCAACUCACUCUAAAGUUUCAGGUGACACUAGAGCAUUUGAUGCUACAGAGCCACAUGGAUCAUUUACACACGGUUCAGAUCCACGACAUCAUGGGAGAGGUUUAUCAAGACCUGAUCAGCAGUUUGUACAUCAAAUGACCCCCGAGUAUUCUCAAAUUCCAAUGGGACUUGAUCAGACUCCCACUCACUUGGACCCUGAGUUUACUGCGGUCCCAUUGACUCCUGAUCCAACUCACUCUAAAGUUUCAGGUGACACUAGAGCAUUUGAUGCUACAGAGCCACAUGGAUCAUUUACACACGGUUCAGAUCCACGACAUCAUGGGAGAGGUCCACCAAGACCUCCUGAUCAGCAGUUUGGACAAGAAUUUCAAUCUAGAAGUACACAUCCUAUAGAGCGACUUAGAGAACGUCACAGAAUGAUUGAAGAAACAGAAAAAUAUAGAGAUCACCCAGGUAGACGAUUAAGACAUUCUGAUAGAACACUAAUGGCAGGCAGCCAAUAUCCAAUGCCUCCACAGUCCCACCCUAUACCAAUGGCACAACCAGUUUCUCAACCGAGUACAACUCCUUUCUAUUCAACGCCCUCAUCUAGUGCACCAAGUCAGACAUUUUAUCAGCCUACACCAGUACCGACCUCUACACCAGCAGCCAAGCAGGUUCCAGACCAUAUACAGGAGAAACCUGGUGAACCUUCUUCAAUCCAACCUGAAUCAACAACUAAGGAGGCUGAAAGACAUGUCCCUGACGAUGUAGGCAAAGAUCGAUUCGGUUCCCUACCGGAAGGAGAUUUAAGAGUAACUGAUGCACCGCAUCCAGAUUCCAAGAUAAUGGUCGAUGCAAGCACUAGUACGGUCAACUACACAGAUGCCUCAACACAGUUCCCAGAAUGGAUGUCAGUUCCAGUACGCGCAAUUCAAACAAGUGAAAAGGCAACAAGUACUUUCGAUAUUCCAAAAGUCGAACAACCUUCUCCUGAGAGAAUCACUUCAAGAGUUCGAUCCAGAGAUUCAACACGAAAAGAAGAAAUUUUACUAGAACCAACUCCCGUAGAUUCAACACUCAGAGAAGAACUCAUAAUAAAGCCAUCAGUGCCUGAACCGCCCAAAAGACCUGAGCCAACACCUUGUGAAGAACCGAUUGUAGAGGAAAUAAGAACUGACGCACAUACUGGUGAAAUUGGCUCCGACGAAUUUAUUUUUAUACAAGACAUAGGACCCGAUGAAGAAGCAGACUUACCAACUAGACAGAUGCCAACCAGGCAAGAACCAAUUCGUCAGACCACUGUUGGACGUGAAACAGCACAGGAAACAGUCAGACAAGAAGUAAUUAGCGAGCACGCACCCAGAGUUCCACCCGAAAGUGUUCAUCGUCCAAGUGAACCAGCACCCAGUCAGUUACCUGAGCGCGAUGAAUUUGUAUUUGAGGAAAGACCAAGAGAACCAACUCCAAGAGAACCACAAUCAAGAGAACCACAAACAAGCGUGGAUACAGAUGUUAACCAACCAGAAUCUACGAGAGAGAGUCAACCCAGACCUUCAACAUCUGGAGAAGGAAUCAGAAGAACAACCACGUCAGGGGAUCGAAUCAAUAUCACGCAGAGCGAAAACGAGAUAAGAAUAAACACAACUGACCCUGAAAACGGAAGCUACUCAAUAGAUAUUGACCCGAAAAAGCACGACAAGGUAGUGUUAACAUUUGCAAACAAUUCAACAGUCUUCGUUCUCGACGGAGCCAACCACACUCUGGGUCUGAACCAGGGAGUUGAGCCAGGAAAUAUUGCAUCAGAGAGACUAACGAUGCAGAGAGUUUCCCCAGAACCUGUCGGUGGACUCAUAGGUGGCCCAACACCUGUUGACACAGACACCAUCCCGGUAACUAAGGACGCAACACCAGACCAAAGAGAUCCUGAAGGACGCCCAACUGAACGAAGACCCGAAAAGUUUACGAUUUCUCCAGACGAUCUUGUACAUCCACCGCCCCCGUACACCACCCCAGGGUUUCCACCCCCUUCAUACUUGCCAGAACAACGCGUUAUUCCCGAUGAUAGGGCCCUUAGAAGAUUGACGACACUGUUGGAGUUAACUACAAUUAGUAACUUAGCUCAGUUGAGCAGGCCAGCAAGCUACACACCAACGACUGAUGUCCGUGUUGACCAUAACCCACAUGAUCCUCCGUCUGAAACCACAUCACUCAGAGUCCCGGAUUCAGACGGCGAGGAAAUAACGGCAGCAGCACCAGAAUCUACAACUCCGGCACCAGUUGAUCCAUUCAGUACACCUUCUGACGAAGGCGAAUCCAUUACCGGAGACCUUGAGGAUUCUUCUGAACAACAACCUCAACCAAGACCUAGGGCAGACGCAAACGGUAACGGAAGUGGAAGUGGAAUUGGAAGAUCAUCCUCUCCAAUUACUAUUGCCUUGGAAGAAGACGAUAAUGAAUCUGGUAGUGAUUUUACCCUCGACCUAAACGCUACUGAUACAGACGAAAAUAUGUGUGAAACCAGGGAAGACUCAACAACAAAUGAGUCAACAUAUACUUUCAAAUCGACUACAAGGUGCACAGAGGUUAGAAUUGAUCAUAUUACAAUCUGGAAGAAGGGUGAUCAAAACUUUAACAAGCCUGGAAAUGUAAAGUAUAACAAAUCUUCCAAUGUAAUUACCAUAAGUGACGGCACUACUGGUAUUCUCUACAAAUUGGUUAAUGGUACUUGGCAAUUCGAUUCUACUGUAACUUAUAGUCAACAGACAAGUACUCCGGCUAAAUCCCCUAAGGUUGAUCAAAAAAGUGCCGUCACUAAGAAUCCUGUUCAACUAAACAUAAAGAAAAAGAACUCCACGGAGGUGUAUAAUUAUGUUAAGGAGAAUAAAACUGGAACAUACACGGCAAAAGAGGGAUUCGGAUUCAACAGUGUUGUUUCCUCUGGGUCUCUUUGUUGUCAAUCCAAUAUUAACAUAUGGGAUGCAAGAGUCAAAGACCAAUAUGGCAACAAAGUAGUUGUUGACGGUCUUGGUAAUAAAAAGAAAACUCUUACCAUUCACUUUGAUGAUGAUGACAAAAAGAUUACAUUUAAAAAGGAUGACAAGGAAUGGAUGCAGCACGAAAGUGUUAAAAAAGAAAAGGUUAUCGAUCCGUCUACAGAUUUAUCGGCAACAACAGGCGGAGGCCAAUUGGUAACCGUUUCAUAA